AAAGCAAAAACACGAACACGCCGGAGACAGAAGAAGAAAGACAGAAAGACAAAAUACCACGAUGGCAAGCUCUUGGUCUCUUUGCCUGGUUUCGACGGCGAACAACAGCCGCAAAGUGAUCCAGGUGAAUCCAUCUUCUGAUACAGUGCAGGUUUUGUUUCAGUUGGCAGGAGACGCCUUUGGAGGACAAGUAGUAGAAUCGUUGAAAUGCGGUUUCCCUCCCAAACCUCUCGGUGCGGACGAUGCCACGCUGUUGUCCAAGAGUGGAGUUUCCAAUCAAGAAAGGGUCCAAGUGGUCCUCCAGAAGCAAAAUAAUCAACAAGAAAACAACAGCAACAAGACUGCCAAAUCUAAUAAAAAGUCCCCCAAAAAGACAACCGGCAAGGGCAAAAAGAAGAAGGCCACAAAUGACGACGACGAUGACGACGAAAGCGAAACAAACGUGGCUUCUCCCGCUGCGACGACGACGACGAGACGAUCCAAACGAGCAGCCGCUCAAGCUGCCACUGACUCGUUUGCCCAAGUCAUCAAGCAGCAGGACAAACUCAUGAAGGCAGAACAAUCCAAAACGAAAAAGUCUCCAGCAAAGAGGGCUUCUGGUGGCGCAACCGCCAUCAAUCGACAACCCAAACGUGUCAAGACAUUCACCAGCACGGCACCAGGAAGACGAUUGGGGGAUGGUGCUGUGGUGGCAGCUGCUGCUGCUGGAAAGAAGAAGACCAGCAGUGCCAAGCGAACCAAAACAACAGCAGCAGCAGAGCCACAUCAAUACGAAGAUAUCUCUACGGGUCUCUUGGGGGCUCUCAAUGACAAGGGAUCCACGGGACGAAUCAUGAGAAAGGGAAUCAAAAGUGCCGUUCACAGUGCCUACCAAAAAACACAGGCUGUUGCCAGAUUGGCUGCUCUAGAGUCGAGGAAGCCUCAGGAGUCCGUUCUCAUGGAAAAACACAAUGACAACAGCCUGCACGUCAAAUUCCAAAAGGGAGUGCAAGGAAGAGGAUACUUUGAAGAGACUGUGGAUUUCAUUCCAGAGGAUGUCUUGAAAGAAGUCAUUCGUGCCAUCCUAAAGUCGGAACCCGACGGAUUGAGACCUCAAAACAUGGCAUUGCUCAGUCCGCGCUUGUUGUGGUCGUUGGCACAUCGACAUUGGACUCUUCAACAAGAACGACAAGAACAACAGGAUACGCCUUCGCCAUGGCAACCAUUUUCAGUAGAAGAGGCCUACAAACAGUUACUGCCGGAGUGCGAUUGGUCCUUUAUGCGGCGACGAAAAGAACAAUUGUCCGCCAAAGCAAUGGAGAAUCUUCGGCAGGAGCAAGCAGAACAAGAGGACGACGCCGAAGAAGAAGAAAACCAAGAACGUGGAGAACAAGUCAUUCAUGAAGUCGAGCAAGCAAUGGAAAACUUACAACAGUUCGAUCGACAGCAGCGCGCCGAGCGCAUUGCCAGUGCCGCUAUGAAUAGACGACAGCGGCAGCAACAAGCAAUGGCAGCAGUUGACAAGAAUGCUGCAUGGGAGAUUGACACGCCAUCCGAAUUGGAUGAGGAUGAACUCAACGAAUGCAUUGCUGCUGCCUCCCAAUCGCAGAAUCCGACACAAGUGGCCACACUGGUCAAGGGACUUGUGGAGUGGGGAUCCAUCCACAAUUGGAGAGAACUAGCCAAUCAGAACCCAGCCAAUCUACACGCUCUAGUAGUGGAACACCACGAGGCGUUGAACAUUACGCAGGAACAAGUGAGCGAGUGGAUUGGUCAUGCCAGAUCCGAAUCGGCCGACGAAAUUAUGUUUCUUGUUUGCGACGGCAAUAUGGCCCACAUUGAGUUGUUGAGAGACAAGGCACGGGCUGGUACUCCCAAGGACUUGUGUGUUUGGAAGGAUAUGCCGGACUUUUUGAUGGAGGAACUGGGCGACGAUGCCGUGGGCAAAAUCGCUUUAUCCGAUAUCGUUCGAUGCAUCAGUCAUGCAGGUAGAGCCUUGGAGAAAUUCAUGUGGCUAGACUGGUUCGUCACUCCCAUCCAGGAAGCAUAAAGUUUGGAAAUGGGGCUGAAACAAUAUCAUUGUGGUCUCGUGGUGUCCUUGGUAUUCUGGCGCAGCCGAAGUAUUAUUAUUCGAAUUGCAUCCGAUCUUCUUCGAUUGAGUCGAAUGAUCAGAAUGAUUCGAUUCAAUCGAAUCGAAUGCUGCUUUGGUUCCACGAAUCUAUUCCACGUGGCAUUGUUGGAUCUUUUCUUGGCACCGAUGUGCUAGAUUGGUUUCGACGAUGAUCGGGUUGUCACAAUGCUUG